UUAUUAGGAGUGACUCUACUCUUUUGCUAUUUUUUAUACACGAUUAUGAUUUAAUUUACCUGUUUAUCAAUUGCAGGUUACUUGUGAAUUUUAGUUGAUAACUUAGCAAAGGUUUAAUGUCUAAGGUCAACUGUGACGUUAAUCAAUAAUACUUAAGAAUACUGUUGGAGUCAAUGAAUGUAAGCCGAUAUAAAAAGUAACACUGACCUUGCUUCCGAUUCAAGUCUAAUUAUAUUUCAAUCACAAGCGACCUCAUUUUUCAUUGACUUCAUUCAAUUAACCUGGUCAAAGUACUGGUUAGUGAUAGUGAUUAUUUAGGCCUAUGAGGUCAAUCAAGUGAAAGAAAUAAAUAGAUUUUAUGAAUAAAAUGAAAGUAAAUGGACAAAAAAUGGUUGCUUCAAAACAAAACCCAACUCAUCAAUACAAACAAUAAUUAUACAUUUUCAAACUAAUGCUCAAUCAUCAAUAUAAGGUAUCAUUAUUGUAGUAACUUUAUUAUCUAGCUAAUCAUAAUCUUGAUAAUCAUAAUUGACCAUCUUUGAUUGUAGCAAAGCAAAAAUAUUUAAUAUAAAACUGUUGUCCCACUAAAAAAGAUGAUUACUAAUGGACUUAACCGGUUACAGGUUUCUUUGUUUUCAGUUAACAUUCACUUCUUCCAUGAACCCAAUUUAACCAGUUUAAUUGUAUUGACCUUUACCUUUAAAUUAAAUUUCGUCUUCCUAAAUGGCAACGAAAAAGCAAAUCCAGACAUUGAAUAGAAGCUAAUUUACCCAAAAUUGGGUUUUCAUGAAUAGACUGGUAAAAUGGUUAGUCAAGUGUUCAUAUUGAACCACUGCAAUACCAAAGAUUCAAAUUGUCUCCUCCUCGUUGUCGUUGAUUGGUAAAGAAUGCAAAUUGCUUGGCAUUUAACAUAAUUAAUCAAUCGAUUUGAUCAUAUCCGGACCAAGAAGGGAAGCUCUUGUUUUAAAAAUGAUAAUACACCAAUAAUAACUAUCACAGCAAUCAAUUUGUCUUUCUGCAAAUGUUAGCAAUUAAAAGUUAGAUCCUUUAAAAAAUAGACAAUUUUGGUGUCAAUAUUUGUCUUUAAACCCAAUAUUCACCAGUUUAACCAAAAUCACAAUGUUAACAUGCAAAGAUUCAAGUAAAAGGUACAAUUCAUUUAUGAUUAGUGAUAUUCUGGACAGUCUUGAAGAUGACAAUGUUAUUAAAGAGUCAACAGUUAAUAUGAAUGAUGAUGACGAUUUAAGUGAUAAUUUAGACCCUGUAAUACACAAUGACAGUGACCCAGUAAACUGUAUCAACUUUGACCAGGAUCGGUUGAGACCAAGUUUGGACCAGAUUGCGUUAAGACAUCACCUUUUAAAUUGUUCAAAUUUACCAACCAAUGGAUCAUUUUUGGCUAAAUAUUAUCAUGAAUUGAACAUUGAAUCGAGACACGCUCAUAUCUUUUAUGAAAUUCAAUUGCGCCGUAAGAUGAUGUUACAAUCUAAACCUCGUAAAGGUGGACAGAUACGAUUCACUCAUCAGCAAACUUUGGUAUUGGAAGAUAGAUUUAAUCGUUAUCAUUACCUGAAUUCAAGCGAUCGCCGGUUACUGGCUCAAGAAUUGAAUCUAACUGAGAGACAGGUGAAAACAUGGUUUCAAAAUAGGAGAGCCAAAGACAGGCGGUCAAAGGUUAACUCUGAUUGUGUUAAUGCCAUCAAAUCUGGAUCACAUUCAAACAAUAAUAGCUAUUUUCAUCCUUGGAGUGAUGAUGAAUCAAUUGAUAAAAUGGAUUCAAAUUGACUUGAAACCAAAGUUAACCCAAUAACCAUUUACUGUAAUUUUGCUGGUUCAACGUGUCAACUCAUGAAAUCAUUAAAUGAAACAAAUUGCUUAACUGGUA